AUGAAGACGCCAGCGGCGAGUCCGCUCGGCUGUAUGACCAAACUUUCAGAAUGCGUUUACAUCUACCGGCCUGAGGCACCUGCGCCGGCAACACCCUCCUCAGCCACCGACGCUGCAUCGCCCCCCAAACCAGUACCAAAACUGAUCAUCCUCGCGACGUGGAUGGGGGCGCGCGACCCGCACAUCGCCAAGUACCUCGUCCAGUACCAAGCGCUGUACCCAACCGUUCCUAUCCUGCUCUUGCGUUCCGAGCCGCGACACUUCCUCCUCCCCAGUGGCAAUCCUCGCGCGUUUGCUGCCGCCGUCCCCUUUGUUCGCGCCAUCUUCCCCGACAUCGGAACCCCCGACCGACACGAUAACAACAACAAACCCACCAACGCACAACCCGAACUGCUCCUCCACGCCUGGUCCAACGGCGGCGCCGCCACCCUCCUCCACCUCCGCACGGCGCUCGGCCUCGCCACCCACAACAGCCCCCCACCCCCGCGCGUCCGCACCCCCGCGAGCCCCGCCACGCUCCCGCCGUACACGCUCGUGCUGGACUCGUCCCCGGGGCGGUUCCGGUACGGGGCCGGGUACCGGGCCUUCGCGGCGGGCCUGCCGGCGCGGGGCCCCGCGCGGUGGCUGGCGGCACCCCUCCUGCACGCGCUGUGUGCGUUCUACUGGGUGCGCCACGCGCUGCUGGGGCGCGGCCGGACGGGCCCCCUGGCGGCGCUCGCGCGCGCGCUCAACGACGUUGGCGCCCGCCGCGCCGAGGUGCGCCGCACGUACGUGUACGGCCCCGCGGAUCGGCUGGUGGACUGGCGGGAUGUGGAGGACCAUGCCGAGGCGGCGGCGCGUGGGGGGUUUGGGGCCGUGAGGAGGGAGCGGUUUGAGGGUGGGGAGCAUGUCGCCCAUGUGCGGGUGGAUGCGGGCCGGUAUUGGCGCGUGGUGAGGGAGACGUGGGAGGGGGUCGAAAUACAUUAUAUAAAGUGGUACAUGGUUUGCUCAACUCGUCCAUCUCCUGGCACUUUUCCUACGUGGCCACCCCUUCCCCCAGUUCCCGCCCCCAUUGGCGCCCGGCGCCCGGCGCCCGGCAUAGGCCCCCGAGCCAUCGCCGCCAUCCCUGGCUUGAGCGUUGUCAUGGACCUCAUUCCUCAUCUACGUCGUGACCUCGUGAAACGACCGACGUCCCGCGGCUUCUUUCUUGCUCCCGCCCCAGCCCGCGCCGGCGAACUCGAGCGCCUCGAGUGCGUCGUCCAUACCGCCGUCGUAGCCUUCGUCUGCCUCCAGCUCGGCCGCACAUGCGUCGCACUCUUGGUCGUGCGGCUUCUCGUCCGCCAGCGCCCCUUCCUUGCACAUGCCGAAUGUGCCGUUGUUCUUGGCUUCGAGGCAACUGAGCUCUUGGUUAAGCUCUUCCCAUGUGAAGGUCUCGGAGCAAUGCGGGCAAGUUCCUUUGAAGACGACGAGUCGGCACAUGGCUUGGUGUGGCGGGCCCCUUGCGACGAUUGCGAGUCAAGAGAGAGGCCGAGUGGAUUGUGUGUGUUUGUCUAUGUGCCUGCACCUGAAUGGAGAAAAGAGGAGAGGCCCCUGAUGUCCUUGGCGGCGCAACUCCGCGCUCCUCCAAUCCGGACGGGGUGGCGCGAUGAGUUUAUUCGACCUCGACCUCUCUGCGGGGAGGCCAAGGGAGCGAGAGAGUAUGUCGGCACCCUCUGGCCCAAAAAAGCUAGACUGGGAAGGGAGUAA